UUUGAUCGGCGUUGGUCUUGUUAUUGAAAUUAAAAGUGCAAUUUUAAUAACGUCAUAAUCAGAUAAAAUAUAUUAUAUAAGGAAAAGUGAUUCUAAAAUGAAGAUUAUAUCAUUUGAAGUGAUUGUGUUAUCGAUGACAAUUAUCUGUAUUGUCACGCCCACUUUGGGCGUGUUGGUUGAACCAUUGGAAAAUACCAGUACCCAACGUGGAGAGCGGUGCAUAACGCCAGAAUUCUUAGAAGGGACUUGUGUGCGGCUCUCUGAUUGCAACCAGGAGAAAAUUAUAGUUGAAGGGAACUUGCUUGAAUUGCGCAUCAGUUGUGGUACUCGCGAAGUCAACAGGGAACCAAUUGUAUGUUGUAUAUCACCAUUAAGUGACCCUCCUUCAACAAGUACAACAAUAACCACAACCAUAACUCCAAUACCAGAAACGACUUUAACAACCACAACACCGGAACCAACGUCAACCACAUCAAUCUCAUCGCUUGUGGAUCUUCGAUCAAACAGUUGUCUAUUGGUACCCGGAGUGUAUGGCGAAUGCAUCGACAUCAAGAGAUGUCCGUCCAUAUUGAAUCAGCUAAGGGAGAAGGGAAACGAUCCUGAACUCGUCAAAUUUAUAAAAGCUUCGAAUUCACUUUGUGACAACGUCGGCCAAAAUGUCUGUUGUCCCACAGAGCCAGGUCCACGUCGCUUGCCCACUGAAAAUGAGGGUUGUGGUGAACCAAACUUGGUCAGUUACAGGAGAAUCGUGGGCGGCGAUGAGGCAAUGAAAGGUGCUUAUCCAUGGAUCGCACUGCUAGGAUAUGGUGAUAUUUCCCUUUCGAAAUUCAAAUGUGGCGGAACUUUGAUUACGGCCAGACAUGUGGUGACAGCAGCUCAUUGCAUAAAGCACGAUCUGUCGUUUGUGCGCCUCGGAGAGCACGAUCUUUCUACCAACACUGACACUACGCACAUGGACAUCAACAUAGUCAAGAAGGUGUCCCAUUCCAAUUACAAUAAGACAGACGGUCGCAGCGAUAUAGCGAUGCUUUACUUGGAACGGAACGUGGAUUUUACAAAUAUAAUGAAGCCCAUUUGUUUGCCCAAUUCUCUCAGCUUGCGUGCCAAGUCUUAUGUGGAUACAAACCCCAUUGUCAUUGGCUGGGGUAAUACUCAAGAGUCUGGAAGAAGUGCAAAGAUAUUGCGUCAGCUAACGAUACCCGUCCUGGAGAAUUCAGUGUGCCAAAGCAGUUAUAAAGCAUUGAAUCUAAGCUUUAGCUUGAAUCAAUUCGAUAAAGCCGUACUUUGUGCUGGAAUUUUAGCAGGCGGCCAAGACGCUUGCCAAGGGGACUCAGGUGGUCCGCUAAUGACCUCCGAGCAAUUAGAUAAUGGUGAAAUCAGAUUCUAUCUGAUUGGAAUUGUUGCCUAUGGUUAUGGUUGUGCCAGGCCAAAUAUACCCGGAGUCUAUACGAGCACACAGUACUUCAUGGACUGGAUAAACGAUAAGGUGCGGGAGAUGCCGUGAAAGUUCGUUUGUGUAAUC